AUGCUCCGUCGGGAAUUCAAGAUACAAGGACAAAUCGGAGAGCCGGGACAUAAAGAUAAACUAGCAUAUCAGUCACUCAUUUCACAGAUUGAAAUUGGGCUGCAAAAGGGUUACACAGAAGAGGAAAUUACCCAUGCUGUUGUUAGAGCUGUUCAGGCUGGGUUACAACUACGAGGUUAUUUGGAGGGAAUGAAUGAGUUGACAUUAGCAUGAUUACGUAAAAUACUGCGCUUUCAUUUCCAAGAGAAAAGUGCUACCGAGCUCUACCAGCUCUUGGCUAAUAUCAGUCAAGCCCCAAAAGAAAGUCCACAAGAAUUUUUAAUGCGUGCCCUGACGAUUCGGCAAAAAUAGUGUUUGCAUCGAAAGAAUCGGAUACCAAGAUCAAAUAUGAUGAAGGACUUGUCCAAGGCCUAUUCCUGCAUGCUCUAGAAACUGGCCUUGCCGAUGAAACCAUCUGGGCAAAAAUGAGGCCACUACUUAAGAACGAAUCAGUGGCUGAUGAAGAGCUAAUUGAAGUAAUGAGCUCUGCGAUGGCUGCUGAAUCAGAAAGAGCCAAGAAGUUCAACCAGGUUGGUCGAGCAAAGUCCUCACUAAAAGUCUCCACCAAGACCUGCAGAGUCACCAAAUGCACAUGA